UGCUCUCGGACGCUGCGAGCCUGCGACACAUUCUUCGUCUCCGAGAGCGCUCGAUCGUCCACCAACGCGGCUCAGGCCCAGAAGAAUUUGCAUUCCUAUCAGAUUGAGGACAUUGUGGUCAGCGUGUGUCUGCCCUUCUCGUCGUGAAUUCAGCCCCUCGCGACCUGGCUAGUAUUAUUGCGAGACCGUUGCGUAUACAAGGACCGCCAACCGCCAUCAUCCUUGGCCGUCUGACCGACUACGUUCUCCCCCGCUGCAUCUUCCGUCCGACCAGGUUGUCCCGGACACCAUGGCGCCGUCAGCGUGGGAGAGGACCUUCGGGUAUUCGAAGAAAGGCUUUGACAAGGCCUGGCAAACCCUGGACAAGUUGGGCGCCCCCGUCAACCGUCUCUCCAACCGUGUGGGUGCGGAGGCCUUUUGGCCUAUGUCACUGGACAAGGAGAGUGAUAAAGCUGCCCGCAUUCUGCGCAGUUUCUGCAAAGAUGGCUUCUACGAAGACUUGACUCCAGACGAGGAACGAAUGAAGCGGGAUUCGAAGGGUAGGCUCGAUCGACCGCAAGGAAAACAACGAGUACUGAAGAAGAUUCCGACGGACGUGAUCAAACAAGCAAAGGGACUGGCGAUCUUUACAACCAUGCGAACGGGACUCUGGGUCAGUGGCGCUGGCGGGAGUGGUGUGUUGCUGGCGAGGAUCCCAGAGACGGGAGAAUGGAGUCCGCCGUCCGGAAUCCUGCUACAUACAGCAGGGAUAGGAUUCAUGGUGGGCGUCGACAUCUACGAUUGCGUCGUCGUCAUCAACACAUACGAAGCGUUGGAGGGUUUCAAGCGAAUUCGCUGUACGCUGGGCGGAGAAGUAAGCGUGGCGGCGGGACCGGUCGGUAUCGGUGGUAUUCUCGAGACGGAAGUUCACAAGCGCCAGGCUCCUGUGUGGACAUACAUGAAGAGUCGUGGUAUCUAUGCGGGGGUGCAGGUGGAUGGCACAAUCAUCCUCGAACGAAACGACGAAAAUGAACGGUUUUACGGCGAAAAGCUCCGUGUCCAUGACAUCCUCGCCGGCAAAGUGAGGCAUCCGCCAGACUCCCUCAAGAUGCUGAUGCAAACCAUCAAGAGCGCCCAGGGUGACUCAGACGUUGAUGAAUCUGUUCUUCCAUCUCCAGGACAGGCACCAGGUGAUAUGGAACUGGUUGACAGCAACUUUGGGAUCCCCGCAGCCGACGAUCCAGAUCCUUUCGGAGUCAAAGCUCUGGAAGCAGAAGGUCUCUUCAUUCGCGAGGCAGCAACCAAGGCCAGGCCAAGUCACGAAGUCUUUGAGUUUCGCCCAGCACCAUCGAGUCCUAUCUACAACACAUUCCCGCGGUACAGCAUGGGCAGCUCGCGGCGGACGAGCUGGCGGGGUAGUCUGCAGAGUUAUACCAGCGUCGAUAGGGGAACGCAAACUGAAGAUCGUCCCAUGACUGCGACCACUACGACAAGCAGGAUGUCAUCUCCUCGGAGCAUCAAGGAGUCUAUCUCCCCGCAGCCGGAAGAAGUUCUCGAGGAACGCGAAGAACACGCAGAAACCGAAUAUACGAACGGAGACCACGAGCCCAACGGUGAGCCGGAAGUCCACGAGAUUGGCACUACGACGGUUGCCAAGCGUGAGAGCGCUGUCAGCAUUCCUCCCACUGUUGAUGACCAGACGGUCUCGCCCGAAUCCAAGCGACUGUCGCCGACAUUCACGCGUGCGCGGUUGGUAACAAUUCCCAAGCGGAUCCCACCGGCUCUCCCACCACGAAACCCCAUACGCAAACACGAUUCGAUGUCAACAACCGCUUCCUUGCCCUCGCCGACUGCGUCCCUGCGACGCGAGAUCAGAAUGUCGAACGAAUUUUCCGGUGGUGAAACAAACGGCCUUGACCAUCUUCCUGAGCACGCGGAUGCCUCGUCUGAAGAACUUCCUCCUGACGUUGAAGCUCGCAUUGACGCCCUUGUCGAUGAGUUUGCUAAUGGCCAGCACGAGGAUCAUGUCGCUACGACUGUCACGGAGAAGGAUGAGUUCCACUCGAUUGCUAGUUCUCAAAGAUCGUCGAGGAGCGAGCUGGUUGCCCGUGGAGAAGAGCAGGAGAACCGCGGGGAAGACAAACACGAGACUGAAAACGGGGAAUACAAACACGAGACCGGAAACGAGGAACACAACCAUGAGACUGAAAACGAGGAAGACAAACAUGAGAUCGGAAACGACGAACACAGACACGAGACCUCAAACGAGGAAGAACCCCAUGCUGUGUCAUACUAUGAGAGUGUCUCCCGACGUAAUUCGACAAAGGAGGACCACACCACAACUGAAGUCGAUGUCGAGGAUGAGGCCGAGAGGGAAACUGUGAAUGGGAUCACGGAUGAUCAGGUCCAUGAAUCUCACCCUGGCACGGUUUAUCUGACAGAUGACGCCGCAGAGGACGAAGAGAAAACUAAGAACGAGCCUGCCCAUGGGGCUGCCCACGAGGCCGUGGAGUCCACCAAGACUGACGUCCACACGUCGUCAUGAUUGGUGAUAUUACCACACGAUCUUUCAUUCUCCAUGACUUAUUUUGCGACAACCCAAGUUUCUCGACCACUCGAUCAGGUUCAUUGAU